GGGAGAUUGCGAAGAGUCGCAAUCUUGCUUCAGAGAAAGUCAAGGCACUCGGGCACCCUGGCCUGUCCGACACCUUUUGGACAUUUUCAAAGACUGUCCAGCUGCUCAAGGUCGAAAAAGUCCAGGAUGGUGAGGAACAGAACUUGAGGUACAACAACACCUUGUACAACAAGGCCUUACACCAGGCUGCCACAGCAGCUGUUGCAGUGCUGCGGGGUCCAUCCGGUCCCGUGGAGAAGUCUGCCCGGAGAUUGGAGCUGGAAUUUGGGCGGGGCAUCUUGAGCAGUCAGUACUCGAAGUUGAGCAAGCUGUUAUCGCUGACCAACAAGCUCGCAUCUGCUACCAGAACCGCUGUAGACCUGACGGCCUGGAUGAUCGACUCCUUGACGCUGGCCCUGCGCAUGAACAUGGUCACGCCAGCGAAAUGCACCGAGAAGUUUCUGGAUCGAGACCGGAAGACAGGCGAUGCUGGCUUUUGGUUGUCGCGCAUGCUGGUGGUGCAGGUCUUCGAUUAUGCAGCAAAGCUGGCGAACAAGUUGCCUGAGCCGGACAAGGUUAAGCUGACAGGGAUUUUGGCUGAACUCCGUUGCCCUUCCACAUGUUGGGAGAAAUAUCUCUGCCAUGCUGAUGCUGAUCAAGGGGCUGCUGGAGAGGACGACAUGGACGGCGAGGACCCAGAGGACGUGGAGCGCCCUGUUCCGCAGUCCAAGAUUGGAGCUGUUAAAGAGGGUUUCAACAAAGCCAUUGGCAUGCUUUUGGAUUUGCUGCUGGAGCUGAUGUCGGGGAAGUACUACAAGGAUUGCUGCAUGCUGGCUUCGAGUGAAGAUGGCCUUGCAAAGGCAUUGACAGCUGCACAGCUUGGAAGCUCGGAUGACACUGAGCACGAGGAGCCAUGUGCGCUUAUCACUCAGAUGAAGAUCAUUGUCGACAAGUUCGACAACAGCACGAAGUCCGUUGGUGCCACAUCUGCGGCUCCUGCUCCGAGUUUGCUCCAAAGCCUGGCCAAGGCUUCUGAAGCUGACACACCCGAGGAAUGUGUCGAGCGUGAGCGGCAGUGGAAGGCGGUGCAAACGGAACGCCGCAAGUUCGUGUCGUUCUCGGUACCGAACAAGAUCUCGAAGGACUGCCUAGUCAAUGCGUUCAGAGGUUGCGGCAAGGUCUUCACGCACAAGGGCACCUUAAACUCUUCGCACCGCCUGAUCGUUGCCAGUGCGGAUCUCUUGGCAGAGGCUGGUACCGACCCGUGGCUCAAGGGCACUCCGCCAAGCGAGGCAUGGAAAGAGAUCUGUGCCUUUGCCAAAGACAUUUCUGGGCCCGAGGAUUUCGUCGUACUCUUCGACGGCAGAAUGCGGGAAAUUCGCCGCGUGUCCGAAGACCUCCUGCUGAACCAGCAGCACACCGAGGAGUGCACCAUCGUGUACUCAGGUGGGUGCCCGCCGAGAACUGGUCGCACUCGCCGCGUUCCGCUGGCUGCAAAGAAGGUGGAGACAGGAGCGGUUAAGUUCCCGGUCGCACGCACCAAGAUUCAGACGACGAAGAAAGGCUCCUUCACAGUCUGCGGCGAGGCUUCUACGUACCAAGGCACUUACUCAGGCGUGGAGUGCCGUGCGGUUUCUGAAAUGCCCCUCGUGUCUGCAGACACCAAGAAGAAGAUCAUUGCUCCGGCAACAACCGGCGACCUCCCGACACCGCCAGAGGACUGGCAGGAUCGCCACGGCUCCGACGUACCCUUGUUCUGGAACGAGUCGAAGCCGAUAGCAUAUUGGAAUGCCAUCAUUGAGGAGUUUUUGCGCGGCCUCAACAAGGAGCACAUGUCGUGGGUCCAGGCGGUUGCUGAUCGCGCAGCUUGCGGAAUGAUGGCUUUGGAGGGAUCCACUCUUUACUCGGACGAGAAUGCCAAGGCGGUGAAGAAGCAUUUCCCGCACGUUCUGGAGAGCUUGUCCAACCAAGACGACCAGGACGAGGCCUACCAGACGCCGCUGGGGCAAAACCAGUCUCAAGACGGCUUCUCGUCGGAUGCCCCGGGGAGCUUGCGGAAGCAGGCUGUGAAAGACGGCUUGGUCCCCAAGGCUCGAAGGGGCUUCGUCAUCUGGUUCCAGGAAAAAUCCGAAGUCAAGAAAGGCGCUCCCAAGUCCAAGUUUCUCAAUGAAAUGAAGCAUCUUGGCGCAGUCUGGCAGGGCAUGACCGACAAGCAGAAGGCACCAUUCAUGGCGAGGAGCAAAGAUGAGUUCAUGGCUCAGCGAAGUGCACUGGCCGUUCUUGGCAUCAAGAUGCGGGGCUCCACGACCAGUGCAGGCGGCCCCGACGAGGCGAAGGACCCCCCUGCCGCUGACGAAUCUGGCGGUCGCGUUGGCCCAUUUGAGCUUAAUGGUGCAAGGGCUCCAAUUGGAGGCGGAGCCUAUGGCAGUGUCUACAGUUGCCAGCAUCCCCAAAGCGGCCUUAACGUGGCGGUGAAGGUUUAUCGUGGCUCCGAUGGCCCCGCGGAUUGCAGGCACGAAGUGGAGCAGAUGAAGCUUCUAAUGAAGGCCGUGCCGCAGCAGAAGAUGAUGUGGUUCCCGCUUCUUGUCAGCUCGGGUGUCACGGGCAGACCUUGGCCAUGGAUGGCUACUAGCCUAUGUGGGCCCAGCCUGGCAACCGCACUUCAAAAUCCUGCGGCGCAUGGCAAGCCGAGGACGUGGUCUGUGGCAGCUCAGCUGAGAAGUGCACUGCAGACCUUGCAUGACGCAGGCAUCCUACACUUGGAUGUGAAACCUGGCAAUGUUCUUUGGUGCCCUUGCACAGAUCAGGUGCAGGUGUGCGACUUCGGCAUGAGUGAGAACAUGGCACGGCUCCAGAAGGCUUCUCAGGCUCCCAGGUUCCUGCAGUAUGUCACGGCUGCCUAUCGACCUCCGGAGCUGUGGCCCGCUCGUGUGAAUGGCGAUGGAGACUGCGGUGUCAGAAAGCAGCCGCUGACUGCAGCUGUGGAUAUGUGGGCCUAUGCUUGCGUGGUGUUUGAGGUGGAGACCGGGAAUCCCUUCAUGCCCAAGGGGGAGGCCGGACUGAGAGCGUGGUGCAAGCAGUGGCCCGAGCUGUGGAAAACACGCAGCGACUUAUCCAAUUGCCCCGCUGCAAGUCACACGUGCUGCACAAAGGUGCUUCGAGCCGGUAAAUGGGGGCUGUUUGUGUUGGUCGGCUGUGCUCCAGACCCCGGAAAGCGGCG